AUGCCAUAUCAAGAAUUGUUUGCUGUCGAACGUUUUAUGGACGCGUAUGAAGAGUGCGUGAGUUACAAUCUUGGAGAAACUUGCUGCCACUCUCUGAGCUUAAAUGACUUUGAAAGAAUCACAGGCGAACGUGUUGAGUUCGACCGUUCGGUCAGAUUUACGUACGGCUCCAUUAAAGGCUCACAUGGAGUUCGCUCGCGGGUUGCUUCUCUGUAUUCCAGUGAAGAUAUAGAACUUAAUAAAGACAAUGUGCUUAUUACAAACGGUGCUAUCGGUGCAAAUUUUCUGGUCAAUUAUGCUCUGGCUGGUCCAGGAGAUCAUGUUAUUUGUGUUGCUCCAACAUAUCAGCAACUGAGCAGUGUUCCGAGAAUGUUUGGUGCGGAAGUCGAUUUACUGGAUCUAGAGGCUUCAGACGAUUUCCUGCCGAACAUUGAAAAACUGAAGGUUUUGGUAAGACCAACAACUACAUUGAUUGUGAUCAAUAACCCUAACAAUCCUUUGGGUUGUGUUAUUCCGCCCCACGUUUUGAAACAAAUUUCUGAUCUAGCCGCUGACCUUGAUAUUCAUGUUUUAUGUGACGAGGUUUACAGUCCUCUCUUUCAUUCAUGCGACACGACACCAUCACUUUGCCAGAUGAACCCGAAGGCUAUCAUAACCGGCUCGAUGUCAAAGGCCUUUUCUGCUGCUGGUUUGAGAUUAGGCUGGGUAGUUUCACAAGAUAAACACUUCUUGAGCAAAGCCGCGUCUAGAAGAGACUAUAAUACGAUAUCAGUAUCCAUAAUCGAUGACUUUGUUUCACAAUAUAUUUUGAAGAAUUACAGAGAAGUUUUAAAACACAACCUCAAGUUGUGCAGAGAAAACUUGUCAGUUCUCAACGAUUUUGUAAAUGAGAAUGCUGAUAAGUUCUCCUUUUACAAUAUCCCUGUCGGUGGUGCUGUUUGCUUGAUAAAAAUUCACGGUGUCUCUGACACAUUCAAAUUCUGUUCAAAACUUGCCGAGAAACAUAGAGUGCUUUGUGUUCCUGGUGAAACCUUUGGAAAACCGGGAACUAUCCGUAUAGGAUACGGAAACUCAAAAGAAGAGUUGCUUAGCGGGCUUCCACUUCUGAAGCAAGCGUAUACGGAGUGGUUCGAUGAAGCAUAG